AUGAUGUUUAACUUAGUUUCAAUCACCGUAUUCUUGUUAUCAGUAUUAACAUCUGCUAAUCCAGUUGCUAAAAGAGCUCCAAAACAUUUAUCAUUUCCAUUGGAAAAAGUUGAAAUUAAUGAAACUUCCGGUGAUUUAAACAAAAGAUCUUCUGAUGUUCCACUUUUAAAUUCAUAUAAUUGGGCUUAUUUUGCCAACAUAGCUGUUGGUUCAAAUAAGACACCAUUAAGAGUUCAAAUUGAUACAGGUAGUUAUUCAUUAUGGAUUCCAGAAAAUACUACUGCGGAUAGUCUUAAUCAAUUUGAUCCUUUCAAAUCAAAAACAUUUAAAAAUGAAUCUAAGGCUUAUGGUGUUGAUUAUGGAGGUUGUGAUCGUGUUCGUGGAUAUUGGGGUAGUGAUGAUUUAUAUUUACCAGAUGGUACUAAAGUUCUUAAUUAUGACUUUGGAGUUGUUGAUCAAUAUUCUAGAUCAACUCCAUUUUGGGGAAUAGGACAAGGUUCAAAAGCAGAAAAUAAUACUAUUACCUUAGCUAUGAAAAAUGAUUAG